CCCACCCCAAGCCGCAGGGGGCGCCAUUCAGCUUUGCUCCCAAGGAAUGGGUCACCGCUUUCUUUCUGCGCUUGCGCGGCAAGGACGCCUCACUUCCCGCCUUGCGCGCGCAUCGUCUGAGUACUUCCGGCGCCAGGUAGACGGUCGCCAUGAAGUUCAACCCCUUCGUGACCUCGGACCGCAGCAAAAAUCGCAAACGCCACUUCAAUGCGCCCUCGCACGUGCGCCGGAAGAUCAUGUCGUCCCCGCUCUCCAAGGAGCUGCGACAAAAAUACAACGUGCGCUCCAUGCCCAUCCGCAAGGAUGACGAGGUCCAGGUGGUUCGAGGACACUACAAAGGUCAGCAAAUCGGCAAGGUAGUACAGGUGUACAGAAAGAAAUAUGUCAUUUACAUCGAGCGAGUGCAACGUGAGAAGGCCAACGGCACAACUGUCCACGUGGGCAUUCACCCGAGCAAGGUGGUUAUCACCAGGCUAAAACUGGACAAAGAUCGGAAAAAAAUUCUUGAACGGAAAGCCAAAUCUCGACAAGUUGGAAAGGAGAAAGGCAAAUAUAAGGAAGAACUUAUUGAGAAGAUGCAGGAAUGAAUAGAACAUGUUGUGCAACCGUGGUUUAACUAUAGAUUUUUUUUUUUCCUGGUUUCUAUUCCUUUGAAACUUCAAAAUCUCUGGAAUAUUUUGUUUCCUUCCUGUUUUGUUAUUGAUACGUGGCUUUGUAAGUCUACUUUUGCUGUUUUGAUUAAUUUUAUGAAUAAAAAUUGAAAAUGUUUCCUAAUUCAAAA